GCUUAGGAAAUGUCAAAUUUGUAUGAAUUCAUGAUUUGUAAGUUUACGAAAGAAUAAUAAAAUUAUUAUAAAGGGAAUAAUUAUUCUGUAAUAAGUUUAACUAAAUCCCAAAAUGGGACAAAAUCAAUCUGGAAGUGGAAGCGGCGGAGACAAAAAAGAUGACAAAGAUAAGAAGAAAAAGUAUGAACCCCCAAUUCCGACGAGAGUCGGCAAAAAGAAGCGCAAGGCCAAGGGUCCUGAUGCUGCUCUGAAACUACCUCAAGUGACCCCUCACACUCGCUGUAGGCUAAAGCUGCUAAAGCUUGAAAGAAUCAAGGAUUACUUGUUGAUGGAGGAGGAGUUCAUCCGCAAUCAAGAAAGGCUGAAGCCCCAGGAGGAGAAAAUCGAAGAAGAAAGAUCAAAGGUUGAUGACCUCCGUGGGACACCAAUGUCCGUGGGAAACCUGGAGGAGAUUAUCGAUGACAAUCACGCUAUAGUGUCGACAUCAGUUGGCAGUGAACAUUAUGUCAGCAUUUUGUCCUUUGUUGACAAAGAUCAGUUGGAGCCUGGGUGCUCGGUACUGCUUAAUCAUAAGGUGCAUGCUGUUGUUGGUGUACUCGGAGAUGACACAGAUCCCAUGGUGUCCGUGAUGAAGCUGGAGAAAGCACCUCAGGAGACUUACGCCGACAUUGGAGGACUUGAUACUCAAAUACAGGAAAUCAAGGAAUCUGUGGAGUUGCCACUGACUCAUCCAGAGUACUAUGAGGAGAUGGGUAUUAAACCACCAAAAGGUGUCAUUCUGUAUGGACCUCCAGGCACUGGCAAGACUUUACUGGCUAAAGCUGUGGCAAACCAGACCUCUGCUACAUUUUUAAGAGUUGUUGGUUCUGAGUUGAUUCAGAAAUACUUGGGUGAUGGACCAAAAUUAGUUCGAGAGCUGUUCAGGGUUGCAGAGGAGCAUGCACCGUCUAUUGUAUUCAUUGAUGAAAUUGAUGCUGUGGGAACUAAACGGUAUGACUCAAACUCUGGAGGAGAGAGGGAGAUUCAAAGAACUAUGUUGGAGUUAUUGAAUCAGCUGGAUGGUUUUGACUCACGAGGUGAUGUUAAGGUGAUUAUGGCAACUAACAGAAUAGAAACUUUGGAUCCUGCUCUCAUUCGUCCCGGUCGUAUUGAUAGAAAGAUUGAGUUCCCACUGCCGGAUGAAAAAACCAAGAGAAGGAUUUUCACUAUUCACACCUCCAGGAUGACGCUGUCUGAUGAUGUUAACCUUUCAGAACUGAUUAUGUCUAAGGACGACCUCUCUGGUGCCGACAUCAAGGCUAUUUGUACUGAAGCUGGUCUCAUGGCGCUGCGAGAGCGGCGUAUGAAAGUCACCAAUGAGGACUUCAAGAAGUCUAAGGAGAGUGUUUUGUAUCGAAAGAAAGAAGGCACCCCGGAAGGACUUUACCUUUAAACACUUCAUAAUAAAAUAUACUGUGCAUUUUCUACUUAAUCUUUAGAAAUGUCACUAAUGUAUUUUAAAUAUUAUAUUAAUAAAAGUAAUAUCAAAAUUAACAGUA